AUGCCGGAAGAUUUAAAGUGGAAAAAACUUAAAAACAAUGGAGAUGUCCCGACCCCUAGGUCUGGUCACUCCUUCACCCAUGUAGGAGGUUUCAAUUACCUCCUCUAUGGUGGAAUUGAUAAUCAUAACAUGAAGAAGGGUCACAAGAUCCUCCCCAGCAACGACAUCUACGCUAUGAAAAUUGGAACAAAUGAGGUCACAUGGUACAAGGAAAAGUUUACUGGCGAUUAGCUCCCUCCCGCGAGGACAUAGCAUAUUGCCAUAUCAACCCCUAAGCAUGACAAGAUCUUCAUUUUCGGAGGACAUUCAACCCCUCAGAUAAGACUUAAUGAUACUUGGUUCCUAACAGUUUAAAAUUUAACAUGGAAAAGAGCGGAAGGAGACGAACCCGCUACUCCAAAGAACUAAGAGUCCCUUUCAGGCGCUCCUCCCCCAAGAGCAAACUCAGGUGCCACAAUCGUCGACAAUAAAGUCUACAUUUUCGGAGGUCAUGGUGGUGUAAACUAUGCCAGAGUUGCCUUCAACGAUCUCUACUCAUUCGAUCUAGAUACACAUCACUGGGAAAAGAUUGAAUACGCUAAUAACCCCCCUGAACCUAGAGGAGGUCACACCCUUUUCUCAAUUGGAAGAAAAGUCUACUGCUUCGGUGGUUGGAAUUCAGAAACCUAGUACAACAACAUCAUUUUGUUCAACCUAGACACACUCGAAUGGUCAGACCCAGACAUCUACAAUGACAUCCCAAGAUGGAAUCAUAGCGCCAUUAUGGUAGAAGCUAUUCCCUCAUGGAAAUAUUUCAUCUUCGGAGGUGAGACAGGUGAUUUCCCAGAAGGAGGUCCAAGAAACUUCGGAGCCUGCACCAACACUGCUUGUUAUCUUGAUAUUGAAACCAUGCAUUGGACUACUAUGUAACCAGAGGAUGUUGAUGGUCCAAACAAAGGAGUAUAACCACCCCCAAGAGAGUACUCAGCUAUGGCUUAUGAUCACAAAGAUUCAAGACUCUUGAUAUUCGGUGGUUGGAACAACGGUUGGUUCAAUGAUCUCUACGCUCUGAACGUCAGCAAGAUUGUUGGUCCCUCAUAUGCCAUCACUGAAUGUGUUCCAGCUCUUGGUCAGCUCUCAGGUAAUGUCCCAGUUGUCAUUAAGGGAGUUGGCUUCAAGGAUGCCAACAUCAAAGUCUACUUCACCUGCGGAAAGAACCCUGUCGAUGUUCCAUCUAAGCAAUCAGUCGAAGUAACUGGAGUCUAUGUCUCAGAAACUGAGCUUACUUGUGUCACUCCAAGCUACGAAUAGUUUGGACCAAAAGAAGCAAUAGUUCAACUCUCAAUCCAAGGUGGAGAUUUAACCACCACAUGGUCUACCUUCUCUUAUUUCAUGAACACUAGAGCCUACAAAUCACUAGCCUAUGGUCCAGGUCUCCUACCAGAGGGAGCCGUUGGUCAUGAAACAGAGUUUGUCAUUCAAGCUAGAAAUGACUCAGGAGAGAACAGAAGAUCAGGAAGAGAUAACUUCUAAGUCAAAAUUAUGGCAACUAACAAUGGAGAGGUUAAGGAAAUUCCAUGCCAAGUAGUCGAUAAAGAUGAUGGUUAAUACGUCGUCAAGUAUAUGAUUGAAGAAGAAGCUGAAUGCAAAAUUGAAAUCUUAUUUGAGGAUGACAAGGGUAAAAUGGUCGCUUUAAGAGGAUCUCCAUACAAGUCAAGCUUCAGUGGAAAGUCAGCUGCCAAUGUCAACAACCUCACAGGUCCAGCAAUGGGCAAGUACAUUGCCACUGAAUUGGAGCAAAUUCACGGCUUUAUUAGUGAGACUUCAAAGGGAGCCUCCACAAAGGACAAGAAUAUCUAAGAUGUAAAAACACUUAUCUCAGUUAAAGACAGCGUUGACUGCGUAUUCACCCUCAAUGAUGAAAUCGUACUCAGACUUGACUGCCUUGAUGAGUCCCUCAGAAUGUUCCACGAACACCAAAUUGCCAAGGACUCCCAACUCAAGCAAAUCAAGAGACUCUUUGAUGAGUGGGCAGGACUCAAGAAGCUCGCUAAGGACAUCAGAAAGGAAAUCUCACCACUCAUUAGCAACGAGAACGAAAAGACCACAACUAUGAUCAAGAAAUUCGAGGAGGAUCUCAGAGUAUACACCAACGAACUCAAGAAGAGAGACUUCUACUACUACAAAACUGGAGUUACUGAAGCCAAGAAAAAGCUAGGCUCAGUCGGAGAGGAAAUUGCUGAAUUCGACUAGAAACUCAUUGACUACGGAUACAACGCCCAAAAGUUCGGUAACCCAGAUCUCAUUACCAAUUCAAUCAAGCAAGUUGAUGCUAUUAAGGCUGAAAUCCAAAGCAUGGUAACUCUUUGGGACCACAUCGACGUCUGCCAAAACUCAUUCUCAGGAUAUAUGGAAGCUAAGUGGAUCGACACCAACCCAUUUGACAUGGAAGAAGAAGUGAAGACCGUUUUCAAGUUCCUUAAAGAAAUGAAGGUCGACAAGAGAUGUAACGCUUACCUCGGUAUUCAAGAAGACAUCAAGAGAUGGCUCGUUUUCCUACCCCUUAUUGCUGAACUUAGAGAUGAAGCUAUGAGACCCCGCCACUGGAAAGCAAUAAAGGACAAGGUCCAAAAGGACUUCAACGUUGAUGACAAACUCCUUCUUAGAGACGUUUACAACCUCAACUUGAACAAGUAUCAAGAAGACGUUGAAGAAAUCACAGAUCAAGCCAGACAAGAAUCCAAGAUGGAGAAGACCCUAGUUAAACUAGAGGAGACCUGGAAGGAUAUCGUAUUUGAGUUCAACAGACACAAGGACACUGAUGUCAUGCUUAUCAAGCUCUCAGAAGAAAACUUCGAAAUGCUAGAAGAGAACUAGGUUGCUGUUACUGCCAUGUUCUCAUCCAGAUAUCUCUCAACCUUCGAAGACAAGUGCGUUUACUGGCAGAAGUCACUAGCAGCUAUUUCUGAAAUCGUUCAGUUGCUUGCUGAAGUACAAAGAUCCUGGUCUUUCUUGGAAAACCUCUUCAUCCACUCAGAGGAGGUCAAGAAGGAACUCCCCAAGGAAAGUGAGAAAUUCGUUGGAAUCGACAAAGAAGUCAAGGCUAUUCUUAAGGAUGGUGAGCAAAAACAAAAAGCUCUUAUCUUUUCAACUCAAGAUAAUGUUAUGGCAAGACUAGAAGAAGUGCAAAAGCAACUUACUCUCUGCGAGAAAGCUCUUAAUGAUUUCAUGGACUCAAAGAGAAGAGCCUUCCCCAGAUUCUAUUUCGUCUCCCCAGCUGAUCUACUCGAUAUCCUUUCAAACGGUAACAACCCCAAGAAGAUCAUGGUCCACAUGCCUAAGAUUUUCCAGGCUAUCGAAACCCUUCACUUGAAGGACGAUGGAGACAGACCACAAGCCAUUGGUAUGGAGACCUGUGUUGGUAAGGAGUACGUCGAUUUCUCCAAGCCACUCAAGCUAGUAGGCAAGGUCGAGAACUAUCUCGGAGAUGUCAUUGACACCAUGAGAAACUCACUCAAGCACAUUGGAGGAAAGAGUAUCUCCACCCAGCAAGUUACUCCUAAAGCUGACUGGAUCAAGAUUGAUCCCUCUCAAAUCACCCUUCUCAUUAACUUAUGCGUUUGGGUUAGAAACGUAGAAACUAGUUUCCUUGAACUCAAGAGCAGCCCUAAAUCAAUGGAGAAAGCCUUUGUAGACCAAGUUCAAUCUCUUACUGAUUUGAUUAAGAUGGUGCAAGGUGAUCUAGACAAAGCAGUCAGACAAAAGAUCAUGUGUAUGAUUACUAUGGAUGCUCACUCAAGAGAUAUUAUUGAUAAACUAGUCGUCGAAAAGGUCCACCAAUCUGACGAGUUCCAAUGGCAAUCACAAUUGAAAUCCUACUACGAUCCCGCUGCUGCUGAUUUCAGACUCAAGAUUGCUGAUGCCGAAUUCUGGUAUGGUUAUGAGUAUCUCGGUAACGGUCCAAGACUUGUCGUCACCCCACUUACUGAUAGAAUUUAUGUGACAGCCACUCAAGCCCUUCACUUGAAAAUGGGUUGUGCCCCAGCUGGUCCCGCCGGAACUGGUAAAACUGAAACAACUAAGGAUCUCGCCUCUGCAAUGGGUAAAGCUGUGUAUGUGUUCAACUGCUCAGAUCAAAUGGAUUACAAAGGCAUGGGAGGUAUCUUCAAAGGACUUGCAGCCUCAGGAUCUUGGGGAUGUUUCGAUGAGUUCAACAGACUCGUGCCUGAAGUGCUCUCUGUGUGUUCAGUCCAAUUCAAGUCAGUUACUGAUGCCAUCAAGCAAAAGAAAGAUAGAUUCUUACUUCAAGAAGACGAAAUCAUGCUCGACCCUACUUGUGGUGUGUUCAUUACUAUGAAUCCAGGUUAUCUUGGUAGAUCUGAAUUGCCCGAAGGUCUAAAAGCCCUUUUCAGACCCAUUACUGUCGUCGUACCAGAUCUCGAACUUAUUUGCGAAAACAUGCUCAUGGCUGAAGGUUUCGUCGAUGCCAAGCUUCUCGCUAAGAAGUUCACUACCCUCUAUUCUCUCUGUAGAGAUCUCUUAUCCAAACAAAGUCAUUAUGAUUGGGGUCUUAGAGCCAUUAAGUCUGUACUGGUCGUGGCUGGUGCCUUCAAAAGAGCUGAACCACAUCUUCAAGAAUAAGCUCUUCUCAUGAGAGCCUUGAGAGAUUUCAAUAUUCCAAAGAUUGUUGCCGAUGAUCUUGACAUCUUCUUCGGUCUACUCGGAGAUCUUUUCCCAGGCAUUAAUGUCCCAAGAAAGAGAGAUGAGAGAUUCGAAGCCCUUAUUAGACAAUCUGCAAGCGAGCUCGGAUACCAUGAUGAACCAGAGUUCAUCCUUAAAAUCGUCUAACUUGGAGAGCUCCUUGAAAUUAGACAUUGUGUCUUCGUUAUGGGAAAUCCAGGAUCUGGUAAAUCAGGCACCUGGAAGACUCUUGCAAAGGCUCAAGAUAAGGACAACAAAAAGACUACCUAUGUAGAUCUAGAUCCAAAGGUCGUCUCAACCAAUGAGCUUUAUGGAGUCGUGCUUUUAGCAACAAGAGAGUGGAAAGAUGGUCUAUUGUCUAAGACUAUGAGAAGUUUGAGUUAGUUGGCAGAUAACAACCCCAAGUGGAUUAUUCUUGAUGGAGAUUUGGACGCUAACUGGAUUGAGUCUAUGAACUCUGUCAUGGACGAUAACAAAAUUCUGACCCUCGCCUCAAACGAACGUAUUGUGCUUAAGCCACACAUGAGAAUGAUCUUCGAAAUCAGAGAUUUGAGAUUCGCAACCCCUGCUACUGUAUCAAGAGCUGGUAUCCUUUUCAUCUCAGAUUCUUUCGGUUAUCAAUGGAGAUCCUUCCAAAGAUCUUGGAUCACUCAAAAGAAGUAUAAUGACGAGACUAAGUUGAUGCUUCAAUAGCUUUUCGAGAAGUAUAUCCCAGAGACAUUCACUCACGUCAAGAAGUCAUUCAAGUACCUCGUCCCAGCUAUGGAAAUCUCAAUUGUUGUUUCUAUCUGUAAACUCCUUGAGAGCAUCAUGGACAAACAAGAAGUCAAGGGUAUUGAGUACGUAUUCGUAUUCGCUUGCGUUUGGUGUAUUGGAGGUGGAUUCUCAGAGAAAGACGGCCACGACUACAGAAAGGAAUUCAGUAACUGGUGGAAGGACAAGUGGAAGACCAUCAAGUUCCCCAACAAAGGUACAGUUUUCGACUACUUCGUGGAUAUCGAGAACACCAAACUCGAAGAUUGGAGCAAGAUGCAAACCAAGGAUAUUGAAAAGGACAUUGAUACCAGCAAGAGUAUCUCAAACUACACUGUUCCAACAGUCGACACUAUUUCAGCCUAAUUCUUGAUGAAGCAGUUCAUUGGUGUAGAUCACUCACCUAUGCUUGUCGGUAACGCUGGUUGCGGUAAGACUCAGAUCUCUAAAGGUCUCUUGAACGACUUGACCACCACUACUGAUCAAUACAUCCAGCAAAUAGUCAACUUCAACUAUUACACUGACUCCAUGCUCCUCCAAACCAUUCUCGAGCAACAACUUGAAAAGAAGGCAGGUAGAACUUAUGCCCCAGUAGGUAAAUUCAAGUUGAUCUACUUCAUUGAUGAUCUCAACAUGCCAGAACUCGAUCCCUACAACACUCAGACUGCCAUCUCACUUGUGAGACAGCACAAGGACUACGAGCAUUGGUACGAUAGAGCCAAACUCUCCCUUAAGGACAUUAAGAACACUCAGUACACUGCUUGCAUGAACCCCACUGCUGGUUCUUUCCAAAUCAACCCAAGACUUCAAAGACAUUUCUGGACUUUAGCUAUUCCAUUCCCAGAGCAAACCUCUCUCUUCACCAUCUAUAAUACUUUCUUGUCUAAGCAUUUCGCCAAGUUCAAGGGAACUAUUCAAGAGCAAGUCGUGCCAAUUAUUAAGACUGCUCUGAACUUGCACGCAGAAGUCGAGAGAAACUUCAGAAAGACUGCCGUCAAUUUCCAUUAUGAGUUCAACGUUAGACAUUUGACCAACAUUUUCUAAGGUCUCUUGGUUGCCAAGCCAGAAGCCAUUAAGGAACCAGAUAACCUCAUCAAGCUUUGGAUCCACGAGUCUGAAAGAAUCUAUGGAGACAGACUGUCCAGUCAAGAGAACAUCUCCACCUACAAGUUCAUUGUUGCUGAUCUCGUUAAGAAAUCAUUCGCAAAGUACAACUUGACCAAGUACUUCCAAGGAGCCAACCCUGAUGCCCUUGUGUUCGCCCAAUUCGUCUCUGGUCUUGAAGAGAAACUCUACGAUCAAUUCUCAUCUAUCGAUGCACUCAGUGAGAGACUUCAAGAAGCACUUAGAGAGUACAACGAUACUAACCCAGUGAUGGACCUCGUGCUCUUCGAAGACGCCAUGAAGCACGUCUGUAGAAUCACCAGAAUUAUUGCUGCUGAUGGUGGUCACGCUUUACUUGUCGGAGUCGGUGGUUCAGGUAAAUAAUCACUGUCCAAGCUCUCAUCAUUCAUCUGUAUGUAUCUGACAACAACUAUUAUGAUCUCAUCAACCUAUGGUUUGAAUGAUCUAAAGACUGACUUGCAAGUAAUGUACAACAAAGCCGGUCUCAAGGACGAAGGUAUUAUGUUCUUGCUGACUGAAGGUCAAAUCACCAACGAGAGAUUCCUUGUGUUCAUCAACGAUUUGCUUUCAUCUGGAGAGAUUGCUGAUCUCUUCGCCACUGAAGACAAGGACACCAUUGUCAACAACAUCAGACCAGCUGUGAAAGGUGCUGGUAUCAUUGAUAACAAAGACAACUGCUGGAACUACUACAUCCAGAGAGUCAAGAAGAACCUCCACAUGUGCCUCUGCUUCUCCCCAGUCGGAGAGUCAUUCAGAAGCAGAUCCAGAAAGUUCCCCGCCCUGGUCAACUGCACUGUGAUCGAUUGGUUCCACCCCUGGCCUGAGGAUGCCCUUCUCAGUGUCGCCUCAAAAUUCUUGGGAGACGUCGAAAUGCAAAGUGAUGAAGUAAGAGAUUCAAUCACCAGGUUCAUGCCCUACUCAUUCAGAACUGUGAAUGAGUUCUCUGCCAUGAUCUUCGAACAAGAAAGAAGAUAUGUCUACACCACACCCAAGUCUUUCCUCGAACUCAUCAAACUGUUCAAGGUCAUGCUUGGAAAGAAGAAGGAUGAAUUAGAGCAAAACAAGUCUAAAUACGAAGCUGGAGUCGUUAAGCUUCAAGAAACUGGAGAAAUUGUGUCUAAGUUAGAGGAAGAAUUGAAGGUCUUCUCAGUCGAGGUAGAAGAAAAGAAGAAACUGGCUGAUGCCUAAGCCGAAGUCGUCGGAAAGGAAAAGACUAAGGUCGAAGCUCAAAGUGAUAUUGCCAACACUGAAGCCGAAAAGUGCUCUAAGAUCAAGGUUGAAGUCGAAGAAGAGUCUUCAAAGGUGCAGAAGGAUCUUGAUGAAGCCCUCCCAUUGGUCGAAAAGGCUAAAGAAGCCCUCAGAGGUCUCAGUUUGAAAGAUUUCCAAAACUUGAAAGCCCUCAAGUCACCCCCUAAGGAUAUUGAAAAUGUGUUCGGUUGUGUGCUCAACUUGCUAUGUACAGUAGAUUCAAACGUGCCAGUAGAUAAGAACGGUAAACUGAAGACUGAAAACACCUGGAAAACUUCACUCAGUGUCAUGGCCAACCCAGCCCAACUUUUGACCACUCUUGAAGGUUUCAAGGAGAAGAUCGAUUAGGAUUUAGUACCAGGCAACAACUUCAAAGCCAUCAGAGGUACCAUCAGUGAUCCAAACUUCACCCCAGCAAUUAUUAAGAAUAAGUCAUCAUGCGCUGGAGGUCUUUGCGAUUGGAUUCUCAACAUUACUAUGUACUACGAUGUGUUCGUAUCAGUCGAGCCCAAGAAGGCUGCCGUGAGAGCUGCCCAACAAAAACUAGCUGAAGCUAAUGCCAAGAAAGAGGAGAUGGAUACCUUAGUCGCUAAGCUUAUGUCCGAGUUAGCUAUCUUGCAAGCUGAUUUCCAAAAGGCUAUGGACGAGAAGAACGCUGCAGAAGCUGAAGCCAUGAAGUGCGCUAGAAGACUUGACUCUGCUCAGAGAUUGGUUAACGCCCUCGGAAGUGAGAGCGAAAGAUGGAAUCAAGCCAUUAUUGACCUUGGAGAGAAGAUUAUCGUUAUCACUGGUGAUGUCUUACUUGCUAGUGCUUUCGUAUCUUAUGUAGGUCCAUUCAACAAGAAAUUCAGAGACAUGAUUACCAACAACAGAUUCAUUGAUUUCUUCAAGAAGAACAAGAUCCCAAUGUCCCCAGAUCCAAACCCACUCAUCAUCCUUACCGAUGAGGCUACCAUUGCCGAGUGGAACAACCAGAAACUUCCAGCUGAUAGAGUCUCAACAGAGAAUGGUGCUAUCCUUACCAACUCAGAGAGAUAUUCCCUCAUCAUCGAUCCACAGUUGCAAGGUAUCACCUGGUUGAAAGAAAAGGAAAAGAACAACGAUUUGCAAGUCACCAGACUUAACAACAACAGAAUGAUCAAGACCCUCGAGUUCGCCAUCGAAGCUGGUCAGUCUGUUCUCAUUGAAAAUAUGGAAAACAACAUCGAUGCUGUCAUCCAACCAGUCUACAGCAGAGCCAUCAUUAAGAAGGGUAAGAGUAGAUACAUCAGAAUGGGAGAUAAGGAGCUUACUCUCCAUAACAACUUCAAGCUAUUCAUGCACACUAAGCUAUCAAAUCCUCAUUAUCCUCCUGAAAUCUAAGCUGAGUGCGCUCUGAUUAACUUCACUGUCACAGAGGCUGGUCUUGAAGAUCAACUUCUAGCCUUGGUCGUUAAGAAAGAAAGACCAGAUCUCGCCACUCAAAAGGAAGAACUUAUCCAACAACAAAACGAGUUCUUGAUCAAGUUGAAAUAACUUGAAAACGAUUUGCUUUUCAGACUAGCCACAUCAGAAGGUGAUAUUCUAGAGAACAUUGAACUUAUUGAAAAUCUUGAGUACUCCAAGAAGAUCUCAAUGGAAAUCAAAGAGAAGGUAGAAAUUGCUAAGGUAACAGAGGUUAUGAUUAAUGAUGCCUCGGAAGCUUACAGACCAGCUGCCAGCAGAGGAGCCUUGGUGUUCUUCAUGCUUAACGAACUCUAUAAGAUUCACUCCUUCUACAAGUUCUCACUAGACUCAUUCGUUAUUGUCGUCAACAGAGCUAUAGAUAUUGUUGCUGAGAGAAUGAAUCCAAAGAAGGAAGUGCCUGCUGAAGGUGAAGGUGAAGAAGAAGGAGAAAACAAACCAACUGAAGAGGAUAGAGCCGAAGACGAGCCAAUGACUCCAAGAACUCUUAACAAGAGAGUCGAUGCUUUGACUGAAAGCAUCACCUAUGAAGGAUUCAACUACACUAGAAGAGGACUCUUCGAAAAGCACAAACUAUUGGUAGCCACAAUGCUUUGCCUCAGAAUUCUUGUCAGAAAGAAGAAGAUCGACGAAAACGAAGUCAUGGCCCUCAUCAAGAAAGAAGUCGCACUUGAUGUCCCCAACCAAGCUGAGUCACUCAAGUUCAUUCCUGAGUCUGCCUGGGCUGCUGUCAAGGGUCUUGAAAAUGUUAAGCUUUUCGCUAACCUCAUCUCACAAAUGGAAAGUGAGGCACUUCAAUGGAGAAAAUGGUACGCUGAAGAGAAAGCUGAAGCUGCUGAGUUGCCAAGAGCAUUCAAGGAUGUUUCCUUGUUCCACAGACUGCUUCUCCUGAGAGCACUGAGACCAGAUAGAUUGUCUGGCGCUCUAUCACAAUUCGUGUUCGAGAACCUCGGAGAGCAAUUCAUUGAACAGGUUCCAUUCGAUAUCUUCACUACUUAUGCUGAAAUGAACCCACAAACACCAGUCUUCUUCGUGCUCUUCCCAGGAGUAGAUCCAACUCCAGAGGUAGAAAGAGUCGGUAGAAAGAACGGAGUCUCAAUUCAACAAGGAACUUUCAUCAAUAUUUCCAUGGGACAAGGUCAAGAAGAUAUUGCCAUCAAGGCACUUCAUAAUGCUGGAAAGCAAGGUCACUGGAUUAUGCUCCAAAACGUGCAUCUCAUGUAGAGUUGGUUGAAGAUUUUCGAGAGAAAUCUUGAAAUAGUCUGUGAAGACGUCCAUCCUAACUUCAGAUGUUUCGUAUCAUCAGAGCCACCCCCUCUUCCAGAAUAUGAAACCAUUCCUGAGUCUAUCUUGCAGAACGCUAUCAAGGUCGCUAAUGAAUCACCUCAGGAUCUUAAGGCCAACAUCAGAAGAGCUUUCGCUCAAUUCGAUGAAGCUCACUUCGAAAAAGCUGCAGGUCACAAGCUAUCAGAAUUCAAGGCCCUCUUAUUCGGUCUCUGUAUGUUCCACUCACUUAUCCUCGGAAGAAAGAAGUUCGGAUCUCAAGGUUGGUCUAGAAACUACAACUUCAAUGAUGGUGAUCUACAAAUUUGUGGUGAUGUGCUCCACAACUACUUGACUAAGUACGAGAAGGUACCCUACGAUGAUCUCAGAUACAUCUAUGGUGAGAUCAUGUAUGGUGGUCACAUUACUGAUGGUUGGGAUAGAAGAACAAACAACACCUAUCUUAAGGUUCUAGUAAGACCUGAAAUCUUGAAUGGUAUGCAACUUACUUGCGCUCCAGGUUUCAAGUCACCAGACCCACUCAAGUUCGAUAGAGAAGCCUACAGAAAGUAUAUUGAAGAGAAACUCCCAAUAGAGUCACCUAACAUGUUUGGUCUUCAUCCAAAUGCUGAAAUCGGAUACUUGACUACUCAAGGAGAACAACUCUUCUCCCUUAUCUUAACUGUUUAAGGAGGAGGCUCCGCAGGCGGUGGUGGAAAGAAGAAGGAAGAAACUGUUAAGGAGUUCAUUAGAAAGUUCCUAGAAACCUUACCACCCAAUUUCUCCAUGCUUGAUAUCAUUGGUAGAGUCAAAGACAAGUCUCCAUACAUAGUCGUAUGUAUUCAGGAAUGCGAGAGAAUGAAUACCCUUCUUGGUACAAUCAGAUUCUCACUUUACGAGCUAGACGCUGGUCUUAAGGGUCAACUUAACAUCACUGAUGCAAUGGAAGGUCUAGCUAACGCUCUUGCCUUCAACAGAGUCCACGACUCUUGGGAGAAAUACGCUUACUUCUCAAAGAAGUCCUUAACUGAAUGGUAUUUCGAUCUCUUACAAAGAGUUAACUAACUAUUAACCUGGUCAACUGAAAUGACAACACCCAAAUCUCUUUGGAUCUCUGGUCUCUUCAACCCUAUGUCAUUCUUGACUGCCAUUAUGCAGGUUACUGCUAGAGAGAAGAUGCUUCCUCUAGAUGAUAUGUGUCUCAAGACUGAUGUUCUUAACACCAAGGACGCUGACGAUUUGCAAGGUAAUGCUGAAACAGGAGCCUACGUCCAUGGAUUCUUCUUAGAAGGAGCCGGUUGGGAAUAUGGUAGAGGUGGCGAGCAAGGUUACCUUACCGAUAUGGUCUUGAAGGAGUUGCAUCCAGAAGUGCCCAUCAUGCACGUCACAGCCGUUAGACUCAGAGAAAGAGUAGAGGCUGGAUACUACGAAUGCCCAGUCUACGUGACCAGCAUGAGAGGUCCAACCUACAUUUUCACUGCCAACCUCAAGAUGGAAAGCGAGGAAUCUGAUGCUAACAAGUGGAUUCUUGCUGGAGUCGCUCUACUCCAAUCACCAGAAUGA